UUGAAACCUGAGGUUAAAAAUUGAUGGAAAAAGGGUAGAGCUGAGAAAGAGAAGGGAACCCAAAAACAAGAACUUCUUCCUCUCACUAGGGUUUCUUCCAACUUUCUCUUGUUUUUCACUCUUUUGGUUACAUUCGAGCAGUGACCCAGAAAAGAGAGAUCAGCUUGUUUUCUCAGAGAAGAAGAAGAGAAAAUAGAAGCAUAUAUACAAAUAUACACGCUUUAGAUAUUGAGAUACAUAUAUUUAUAUAGAAAUAAAGGAGGGAGAGGUUUGAUUUUGUUUGUGCUUUAUAAUUAUAUAGGGAUAUGGGAAGGGGAAGAGUGGAGCUGAAGAGGAUAGAAAACAAGAUAAACAGGCAGGUGACUUUUGCAAAGAGGAGGAAUGGAUUGUUGAAGAAAGCUUAUGAACUCUCUGUGCUCUGUGAUGCUGAGGUUGCUCUCAUCGUCUUUUCUAACCGUGGCAAGCUCUAUGAGUUCAGUAGCAUCUCUAACAUGCUCAAGACCCUAGAAAGGUAUCAAAAGUGCAGCUAUGGUGCAGUGGAAGUGAAUAGACCCGCCAAGGAGCUGGAGAGCAGCUACAGGGAGUACUUGAAACUGAAAGGUAGAUUUGAAUCCCUGCAACGAACUCAGAGGAACCUUCUUGGGGAGGAAUUGGGGCCUCUGAACACCAAGGAACUUGAGCAGCUUGAGCGUCAAUUAGAGUCAUCACUGAAGCAAGUUAGGUCCACUAAGACCCAGUUUAUGCUUGAUCAGCUUUCUGAUCUUCAAAAAAAGGAACAGUUGUUGCUUGAAGCUAACAGAGCUUUGGCAAUGAAGCUGGAUGAGAUCAGUGCAAGCAAUAACCUCAGAUCAUCAUGGGAAGGAGGUGAGCAAAGCAUGUCAUAUGGGCAGCAGCAUCCUCAAUCUCAGGAGCUAUUCCAGCCAUUAGAAUGCAAUCCCACAUUGCAAAUAGGGUACAAUCCUGUAGGAACAGACCAGAUGAGUGACACCACUCAUAGCCAGCAAGUGAAUGGUUUCAUCCCUGGAUGGAUGCUUUGAGUUUUGUGGUUUGCUAUUAUUGCCUUAUUUCUCAUAAGGCUUAGGUGAUAUGCUUUUGCAUUCCUGGUGUUUAUAUGGACAUUUAAAAAAAAAGAAAAAAAGAAAAGAAGAAACGCAUCAGUGGGUGAAUCUGAGCUUCAGAGGACUAUGAAGCCUUUAGCCAUGGACUGAAAGGCAUGUAAGAUAAAUAUUGCUAAAACUCCUUUGUUAUCUCUCUAUUCUUCAUCAAUAAUUUUCUUAUACA